AUGGCUUCUGUACUUGAUUCUAUUGCUCCUGUUAUCACACUAGAGAUGAAUACUGUUUUGUGUUCUAUACCUACUUUAGAGGAGAUGCGUGUAGCAUUAUUUUCUAUGAGUCCAUUGAAAUCACCAGGUAUUGAUGGCUUUCCACCUGCUUUUUUUCAACGCUAUUGGGACAUCAUUAAGGAUGAUUUAUAUGGUUUUGUUACCACUUAUUUUGAGACUGGUGUUAUGUCUCCUUGUCUUAAUGAGACUUUGGAUAUUCUGGAUGUUAUUGUCUCACCAUAUCAAUCUGCUUUUAUACCCAAUAGAGCGAUCUCUGACAAUGUUUAUAUUGCUCAUGAACUUUUUCAUUAUAUUCACAAAAGGAAAAAGGGAAGGAAGAAGUUUAUUGCUUUAAAGCUUGAUAUGAAGAAGGCAUAUGAUCGGCUGGAGUGGCCUUUUAUUGAGCAUAUGCUUCUUCGAUUGGGCUUUCAGCCACAUUGGGUAGAGAAUGAUGGUAUUAUUAAGGGAUUCAGUGUACGGAAUCGAGCUCCUGCUAUUACACAUUAG